CCCUCUCUUAACACCCACCCACCGACCAUCCACAUCUCUUGUGAUCCACCAUGAACAAGCUGUACAUUGGGAACCUAAACGAAAACGUUACUCCAGGCGAUUUGGAGAAAGUCUUCAAUGACCACAAGAUCUCCUUCAGUGGUCAGUUUCUGGUGAAAUCGGGCUAUGCCUUUGUGGAUUGCCCUGAUGAGCAAUGGGCUAUGAAAGCCAUCGAAACUUUUUCUGGGAAAGUGGAGCUACAUGGAAAACAGCUAGAGAUUGAACAUUCAGUACCCAAAAAGCAAAGGAGCCGCAAAAUUCAGAUAAGAAAUAUCCCACCCCAGCUACGAUGGGAGGUGUUGGAUGGUUUGCUAGCUCAGUAUGGUACUGUAGAAAAUUGUGAACAAGUGAACACAGACAGCGAGACGGCCGUCGUCAACGUCACCUAUUCAAACCGGGAGCAGACCAGACAGGCGAUCAUGAAACUGAAUGGGCACCAGCUGGAAAACCAUGCACUGAAAGUCUCCUACAUCCCUGACGAACAGUCCAUGCAGGGGCCUGAGAAUGGGCGACGGGGCGGCUUCAGCACACGGGGGGCCCCCAGGCAGGGCUCGCCCGUCGCUGCAGGAGCGCCCGUAAAGCAGCAGCCGGUGGACAUCCCACUCCGACUCCUGGUGCCCACGCAGUACGUGGGGGCCAUCAUCGGCAAGGAGGGGGCCACCAUCCGCAACAUCACCAAGCAGACGCAGUCCAAAAUCGACGUGCACAGGAAGGAGAACGCGGGAGCAGCGGAGAAAGCCAUCAGCAUCCAUUCCACCCCCGAGGGCUGCUCCGCGGCCUGCAAGAUGAUCUUGGAGAUUAUGCAGAAGGAGGCAAAAGACACCAAGACAGCUGAUGAGGUUCCCUUGAAGAUCCUGGCCCAUAAUAACUUUGUGGGGCGGCUGAUCGGCAAAGAGGGGCGGAACCUGAAGAAGGUGGAACAGGACACGGAGACGAAAAUCACCAUCUCGUCUUUGCAGGAUCUGACUCUCUACAACCCUGAAAGGACGAUCACGGUGAAGGGCUCCAUCGAGAACUGCUGCAAAGCCGAACAGGAGAUCAUGAAGAAAGUGAGGGAAGCGUACGAAAACGACGUGGCUGCCAUGAGCCUACAGUCUCAUCUGAUCCCCGGCCUUAACCUGGCUGCUGUCGGACUCUUUCCGGCGUCUUCUAACGCGGUGCCGCCGCCUCCAAGCAGCAUCUCCGGGGCAGCGCCAUAUAACUCCUUCAUGCCCCCAGAGCAAGAGACGGUGCACGUCUUCAUCCCCGCGCAGGCCGUCGGCGCGAUCAUCGGCAAGAAAGGACAGCACAUUAAACAGCUCUCCAGAUUUGCGAGUGCCUCCAUCAAGAUCGCGCCACCCGAGACACCGGAUUCCAAAGUGCGCAUGGUUAUAAUCACUGGACCGCCAGAAGCUCAGUUCAAGGCACAAGGACGAAUUUAUGGCAAACUCAAGGAGGAAAACUUUUUUGGGCCUAAAGAAGAAGUGAAGCUGGAGACGCACAUUAGGGUCCCUGCCUCAGCUGCAGGGAGAGUUAUUGGCAAAGGAGGCAAAACUGUCAAUGAGCUGCAGAACCUGACGGCAGCAGAGGUGGUGGUGCCGCGGGACCAGACGCCUGAUGAGAACGAGCAAGUCAUUGUAAAAAUCAUUGGACACUUCUAUGCCAGCCAGAUGGCGCAGCGCAAGAUACGCGAUAUCCUGGCCCAGGUGAAACAGCAGCAUCAGAAGGGACAGAGCGGCCAGACGCAAGCGCGGAGGAAAUAAGAGCAGCUAGCACGCAACGACUGUGACAAAAAUUGGAAAAUGAAUGAGUCGAUGCCGGGCUUAAGAGUGGCUGGGAAUCAGUUACCGUAGACAGAUGAUAACUUUUCAUGACCAGAUUGAGAUUAAAAGGCAGUUUGAUUGGCUUCCAAGGUAGAUGCCUACAUUUAAAAAAAAAAAAAAACAAAAAAACCCCCGGAUCAAUUAGAUAAACAAUCUAUAUGUUGCAAAGGCUGCUUAAAUGAAGCAACAUGUGCUGCGGUGUGUGUCACCCCCAACACCCUCUUGCUGCUGUGAUUGGCCAGCGCCUAGCAAUGGAGGUUCCACCAUCCCUUGCCGCAGCGCUGCAGUGAAUCUAGUGCGUAGCAAUUAAAAUUGGAAACAGUCCGUCCCCUCCUACCCCCUGCUCUGCAGCAGAUGCAACAUAGAUGCUCAUUUAAGUUGACUUUUGUGGGCCAGUCCACCCCAAACUUGUGGUGCCAUCAUACCCUUCGUAGAAGAGUUCCAGGGUGCUGCUUUCUGGCCACCACGUUACACAUAGAUAUAUGAGACUGAUUAAAAACAAACAGAAAAAAAUUCUUAGAGCAAAGUAACUUUUCUUAGUGCUGAUUUUAGAAAUUCCAACAGAUAGGAUGGUUCCUACUCCCAUUCGCAGUAAAAUCUAGCGUGGGUGAAGGUUUUAGAACAAAAUGGACUCGGAUAACAUCGGAACCCUGCACUGAUCAGUCUUAGAACAUCCGAGAACGUGAUGGAGGAGAGAGACCUCUCUUCCAUUGUGUACCAAACUCAGUGCAAUGACUUUGCAAAGCCUUAUAAGACAGGAGAGCAACUAUAUUUUCCAGGAUGACUUUUUUUUUUUUAAACUAAGCCUAUGAAAUGAUUGCAGAAUUGGGGAGAAAUGCCAAGGCUAACCCUAGCACAGGCAAACCUAAACAGUAACCCUUCUGGGUGAUCAGCACUGGAAAGAACCAGGCACGACGCCCCAUCCUACCAAGUGACGCUAUUCACAAGAAUUAAAUCACCCGAGGAAAAAAGUUUUGGUCCCUCCCUCUUUUAAACAAUGACACCCCCCACCCAAAAAAAUUGCUUUGUAGGAAACAUGAUUAAAUCUUCCUCUAUUUAAUAAUCAUCUUAUUUAAAAAAAAAAACUAAGGCCAGGAUUUUUAAUCAACCCUGAGAGUGUCGGGUGUCCAACUGAAGAUAGCUCAGUGGUUUGAGCAUUGGCCUGCUAAACUCAGGGUUGUGAGUUCAAUCCUUGAAGGGGCCAUUUAGGGAUCUGGGGCAAAAAUCUGUCUGGGGAUUGGUCCUGCUUUGAGCAGCGGGUUGGACUAGAUGACCUCCUGAGGUCCCUUCCAACCCUGUGAUUCUGUGAAGGCAGGGCUUCACACCUCAAGAGAGGCCAAAAACUGCAAGCUCCUAUAGAAAUGAAUUGACAGGCUCAUGCCUGGGAGGCAGUGCUGUCUAGUGGAUAGAGCACUGCACUAAGACAGGACACUUGUAUUCUAUUCCAGCAGUUCUCAACCAGGGAUCCGAGGCCCUCUGGGGGGCAGCGAGCAGGUUUCAGGGUGUCUGCCCAGCAGGGCCAGCGUUAGACUUGCUGGGACCGAGGGCAGAAAGCCGAAGUCCCACCACGUGGGGCUAAAGCCGAAGCCUGAGCAACUUAACUUCAUGGGGCCGCGUGGGGCCCCGGGCAACUGCCCGGCUUGCUACCCCCUAACACCGGCCCUGGAUUUCAUAUGCAGAAAAACAUUUGUUGUGCCACAGGUGGGCCGUGGAGUUUUUAUAGCAUGUUGAAGGGGCCUCAGAAAGAAAAAGGGUGAGAACUCUUGUUCUAUUUCCCACUCUGCAAGUAGCCUGGUGGGUAACCUUGGGGAAGUGUUUAUGCCUCAGUUUCCCCAUCUACAAAUGGGGAUAAUGAUGCUUACCUCCUUUUGUAAAUGCUUUGACAUCUACUAAUGAUAAAAUCUAGGUAUUAUUAUUAUUAUUAUUAUUAUCAUCAUCAGGCACCUGCUCACCUCACUGCAGACAGCAGGUAUCCAAUGGGAUUUGAGCACCCAAUUCCCACUGGCCUCUGAAAAUUGCAGCCUAAACCGAAAAGGAUAGAAUCUUUGAAAACACCCAGGGAAGGUUUAUAAGCUAACUAGGAACAAGGAUCCCAAUUCAAAUACACUCUCCUGGGGUUAUUUGUCUUUUACUUUUCCCUUUAUUCUCUCUAGGUGGUGGGGGAAUUCCUGAAAUUUGGCACAUUAAAAAAAAAAAAAAAAUGUAAACCCGCAAGCAAAACUUUUCUGCAGUAAAAAAUACCUUCUUUUCAUGAGACAAAACCAAAUAUAUACGUCAAAAGAAUGUAAUAUGGUUACUGAAUCCAGUCACUCUUAUGUGGAUUUUUAUAUUUUAAAUAUAUUUUAAUGAUUUUUAUAUGAGUAUUUGGAAGGGACAGUAACUGCUGUGAUGGCAUCUUAGACGCAGGGCAAGGUCUCGUCUUCCCUAGGCAUGGAUCCUUCAAGCUGGCUUAUGAGCUGAAAGCAGCUCCUGAAGUCAGGUGGAAGUGACUUCAGGAGAAGCAGGAGGAUUUAUAGGGGUCAGCUCCUGCUCUCUGUGACUCCAGGGUAAAUCCAGAGACGCUCCAUUGAAGUCUGUCGUUUAACUCGAGGUUUACAGCUCUGCGCGCCGUAACGCCGGUGUAAAAGCAGAGUUAAUUCUCCUGGAGUCAGCGGGCCUGGUAUUCCGUUGCCUUACGCCCUUGUGCAAUCGCAUCAAUGCGGCUGCUCUGAUCUGGUAGCAUUUUACGCUCAUUCUGCCCUGACGUAAGAGUCUUCACAAAGUGCAGGGCAGUGGAGAAUUGGGAGAAGCAGACUAUAACUGAGAACACACUCUGCCUGUGUAGCCAGAGGAUGGGUGGGCUAUUGGAAUUUGACGAUCUAUCUAGGCUCUGCAAAGCGAGCCGGGAACCACCCUUGCAUUGAUUUGUUUUUGUAGGGGAGACCAGACCUUUUGUUCUGCCGGUGCAUUCCUUUGUACAUCUUGCUUAGGGUAUAGCUACGCUGCAAUCAGAGGUGUGAUUGCAGCAUGGUUUGGCAUGCCCACGCUAGCUAGCACCGCUAAAAAUAGCGGUGAAGAUUCGGUGGCACGGGCUAGCAAUGCAAGUACAUACCGAGGGGGACCACACUGAAGUCCACAGCCCCGUAUCUUCAUUGCUAUUUUUCAUCCUGCUAGCUAGAUCGAUGCUAGCCCAGGUCUGGCUACAUAAGCUGCCAUCGCAUAGUGUAGACGUAGCCUGAGUUAUGACCAUCUUUGAAUUUGGAUUACGCAACUGCAGGAAUGCUUGCUGGUUUUGAUAAAGGGAACAGACAAGCAGUUACUGUCCUUUAAACAUUGCAACAACAAGACGAUGUGGGGAAAGUCAGGUAUUGCUGUGUGUUUUAGCAACAAGGAAAAAAAAAAAGUAAGAAAAGAAAAGGAAAAAAAAAAAGCUACCUCAAGGUAUGAAGUUACCUCAGCCAUUGUUUUUUGUUUUGUUUUUGGGGCUUGCUGAUAUUUUAUAUAAAAGCUGAUAGUCUUGAAUAUUUUAUUUUUUUAAUGAAAAGAGAAGUUACGUUUCAUAAUUUCUUAUGAGCCAGGAGUUAUGUGCAGGUAACCAAGUGUUAUGAGCUCUCUAUUGAGAACGACAGAAAUUUCAGAUAUAGUGGACAAGAUGGCAGCAGCUGAUUUUUGGCCUCUUAAAGCGGGGUGGUUAAUUUCACUGUGAUGCAAGAGUGAUUGGCUGUAGAAAUUCAUCUAGGAUUUUGAGGGUUAGAACCCACCAACUUUUUGAUUGGAUUUUUUUUUUUUUUUAAACUAGCCAUUGGAAUAAAGUCCAUGCUUAACCCAACUCCAUCAGGUACCCAAACUGUUAAAGAGCCUUAGAUUAGAAACAUUUCACAAAAAGUCAAAAGAGUAGAAUGGAUUUGCUAUCAAGCAAUAAUUAUUAGCCAUAUCAAUCAGCAAUGAAAUAUGGCAUGUGGAGGGGCUGACUGGUAUGUUUCACGAAUUGGCCCGCUGUGGUAAUUCCAAGUAGUCCAAAUACUUCACUUACCAACCCAAAUGGAUCGACCUCUUGUAUCUGAAUAGGCAGCGUCAGACCAUCUUCUCCACUAUGAUGCUUUAAGUAUUUUACAGAGAUUGCCUCAGUUUUACCGAGGAUAAACAAAUAAUUAAAAAGAGAGAGAGAGAGAAAUGGGAGCCGAAAUUUUAUACAUGCAGACAGCAAGGAAAAAAAAUAGAGAGAGAGAGAUGUGAACCCAGCUAUUGCUAUUAGAAAGGUUCACAUUUUUAAUCACAUCUUGCUACUUUUUUAUUGUACCUGCAGGAAUUAACCCUUUUUUUAGAAUGUCAUGUUAAAAGAUCCGUGGUGGUAAAAUCAAUUCUAAAGAGGCUGACCCUGCGUCCCGUGCCCCCAAAACUCAGUGGUGCGUGAAGAACGCUGGAUCAAGCCCCUAAAUGGAUGCAGCUUUAAAGAAGUAAUGACCCUUUUUCAGUAGAGACAGGGAAUGUCAAACAAACGAAGCGAGAGUUAAAAAUCCCCCUUGAGUGGGUGACACGUUCCAAAGCGCGAGUGAGGAGAAAGCAGGAUGCUAAUUCUGCUUUUUACCACUGGAAGGUUGGGGUAGUCAAAGCCUUCAUUUCUGACUCCUUGCACCUGUCUCCUCGGAGGACAGAAAGUUACAAGACACGUGGUAGGAAAGACGUGGAAUAGAUUUCAAGUUGAUGCAGUUGAUUUGAUUUUUUUUCUUUUAACGGCAUUUGUCAUCUUGUCCUAUGAAAAACGGUUUCCUACUUCUUUAAAUCUCUGGCUCUCUACUUUUUACAGACUUUCACAGAACAGUUUAUUCAGACAUCGGUGAAUUGUAUUUUCCAACAGCAAGCAUUUUUGAUAACUGGUUCAAACUGUAUCAUCGAGAGAAAAAACAAACAAACCCACAGUACUGUAAAUCCGAUUGUUGCAGUGUUCUAUUGAGGGGGUCCUGCCACUUACCCAGAGUUUGAUUAUUCAGUGGAAACCUCUGGUGUUUUCCAUAAUAGAGGCCUAACCCCGUAAAAUGUUUAGAAGCAUUGCACCAUUUUAAUACUGUUUCUAUGUGUUCAAGGGGGCGUCUUUGUCACCCCUCGUUUCUUUUAAGAUCGGUUGUGAUUACUCUGGAGCUAAGAGGCUGCUGGGAUCAAUGCUUUAGAAAUAACCAUUUCCAUUAAGGAAGGCAGCAUUGCCUAGUCGUUUCUGGACAGGCCAGGGAGCUAGGAUAUCCUGAGUCUGAAUUCUGUUUCUACUCUGUGGACUUACACAAAUCACUUAUCUCCUCCCUGAGGCCCUGAUUCAGGAAAGCACUUACACAGGCUUAAGUCCUGUUGACUUUGAUGAGACUUAGGCACCUGUUUAAGGAGUCAGAGAGAGCUAGGUCUCCCAGUGCAGAACUCUGCAUAGCCGAGUUGCUUUGAGCAUCAGUGAAGUUAUUCCCAGUAAGCAACAGGCCUGGCACCUACUGUAUUUCUCUGGCACCAGCCUAGACUACAGCGUUAUGCAAGGAGCCCUUUGUACGGACCAGCUGCAAAGCCCAAUGAAGUCAAUGGAAGGAGACUUGACUGAGCUUUGACCCAGGCCUAAGUGAAUAACAAGUAAAAGGGAUCUGAUGAUGCAAAUACAUUUCUAGUCCACCAAGAAUUAAAAAGAAACAUGAACAAUCCCUCAACAGGCACCAGAAGCCCUGGAGGCAAACCCUUGUUAAGUGGCAGGAUCUUUAGGUUUGAAAUCAGAAGGGAAGUAUUACCAGGAGCAUCUUCCUCUGUAGAGCCAGGGCUGGCUUUGGACAGGGUGAGGAGCAGAGAAAUAUCUCCUCUCUUCUGAGCCGGCACCUCAUUUUUAUGAUAGCAGAAGCAGCAGAGUUUCUCACGCACGCACAUUUCCUCGACUAAGUGUGAAUUUGGUUGGUUCGGUUUCUGUAGAUCCUUUUCAAAGGGUUUGAAAACGUUCCCUGGGUUUUAAACUUGAGGGGAAUAAAAAGUGGGACAGAAUCUGGGGUCAUUCUGGAGGACGGGGGAGGCUCUAAUGCAUUAGGUAGCUCCAAGGUGUAGAAUUUAAAUUAGGGAAGCAGUGCAGUCUAGUGGCUAGAAGACAGGGUUCUGUGCCCAGCACUGUCACGGACUUGCUUUGUGGCCUGGGGCAAAAAAAAAAAAAAAAUCCACUUCUCUGUGCCUCCGUUAACCCAUCUGUGGAAUGGGUAUAAUGAUACCUACCUCACAGGGCUGUUGUGAGGAUUAACAAAUUACUCUUUUUCAAGCACUUUGCAAUCCUCAGUGUCAUAUAGAGUGCAAAGUAUUAUUAUUAGGAGGAACUAAAACAACACUCUAGUUUUGGGUUCACCUACCUAGUGCUAUCAUAAUCUUGUCAUGCCGUUCAGCAAGGGGCAAAAAUGACUAAACCAGCAUGCACAGUGUUUUUCUCUUCUGAGCUCUGAACGCUUUCUCGGCAAUUAAAAACACAUGGCUAUGGUUCCGUAGCUAUGGCAGACGAUACACUCCUUUGCUGGCAGUGAUCAUUGCAACCUAACCAAAUUGACAUACUUGGAAGGUUUUUAAGGAGUUAAAAUAGACUAAAAUUCAGUGUAAAUAUUAAAAAGAAACUGCCUUUAAGCUACAUUUUAGGUUUCCUGGGCAUUAGAUUUUGGUUUUUUAGCAAGAAAAAAAAAACAGUAAACAUUAGUAAUCUAGUAUCAGAAAAGUCUUUUUUUAACGUUUAGCUCCAAAUAUUUUGAUUAUUUUUAGAUUCUGGGGGAAAAAAAUAUCAGAAACGCAGACUUGGUAUGAGACAGUUGAAGACUUUUAUUAAAUUAAAUUUUUUUUUUUUUUUUUUAAUUAUAGGAUCUGCUUUACUGUUCCCUUGAAAUGGUACACACCUCAUAGGCUUUUUUUAUUUUUUGGAACUUUCUUCUUUUUUUAAAGCAUAUAGUAACCGAGAGGUUUAUUUUUUUUUUUCUUUUUUUUUUUUCUUUUGAAUGAAAUCGGUGCGAUCCUGUGAAACACGUAUGCUCCUGAGAGGGCACAGAUAAUGUUUUUGAAACUCUAAUUCACUCUCUUCUCGAGACCGGUCUGGAAGGAAUGAACAAAUCAGUUGGCCUGUGAACAUAUCAGCAGUGCUACUGUUAAUUUCAGCUGGGGUUUUGCUAGGGAAUUGAGGGCCAAAAUUGUCAGAAGCGCCUUGCAAUUUUUUAGAUGCUGCAAUUACUGGGUGUCCAAGCUGGGACAUCUUAAAGGAGUCCCAGUUUUCAGAAGGCAGGAGCUCAGCCCUAUCUUAAAAUCUGGCCCUUUCCAGUGUCAAGGUGAGUGACUUUUGAAAAUAUUGUCCCGGAUACCUAACUCCUUUGGAAAUCCCAGCCUUAAGUUCUGCUCCAAAACCCAUUGGCAGUCAACGAAGACUGCAGUGGGCUUCGGAUCAGGCCCUUACAGUAUUGUUUAGGAAGAAAGAAAUUCACCGUGAUUCGGCUGAAUCGGACCUGCCGCCCCCCCCCCCCUUUUUUUUUUAAGUCAUAGUUUGUAAAAUACAGAGCGAAUGAAAUAAGCGAGAGGCUCUCGAAUCAUUUUCUUCCUGAGAACAUGCAGGUGCUGCAAGCUUGAAAUUUACAUGUACAAACUACCUCAAACCUUACAAUAAGAUUUGAAUGAUAGAUGGGAGAGGAUGGACAUAUCCACCCUGCAGCUUUGCCCAGCCUCAGAAAUAAGCCCUGAACAGAACCUUUCCUGAAAGCUCAGAGAAGGGUCUCCCUCCAUCCUCCGCAGCGGUAGGUUUCCUGGAGGGAGAAGGAGUGGUUGGGCAGUUUAUUACCCCUCCUGGUCAGUGUGGGAUCUUCUUGCAGGUAGAGCAGGAGAAUAGAUGAUGGCUCCUCCCUUUCCACUAUUGGCGUCUCGUUUCUAGGAGUCUGAGUAGGUGCUUUGGUGCAAUGGGAGCCUCUCUGGAGGGCGAUGAUUAUCCCGUCACCGUAAAAUAUAAGAGACCAGUCAAUGUACAUCAGAUCCCGCCAACUUCAUGGAGAUUUUGCCCCCCCGGGCACUCAAGAAUCCAGUGCUGUGGCGGUUAAGACAAACCCAGCGGCUGAUCCUUUAGCUCCUGCUGCAUCAGAGGUAGGGCUGAGGCUCUCCUCUGAAGGAAUACUCUGAAGGAGGGAGAAGGUGCCACCCCUCCACUCCCUAGAAGAGACCUGGUAAGAGAAGGUGGAAUAGCCUGCUGAGUCAAAAUGACACAGCUGGUUUGAGGGAGCCAGGGCCUGGGGAGAGUAGGACAUCCUGGCCAUGAUGCCAUGCGGGCCCGAGGUUCAGAUAGACAUCCGGGCAGAAGGGUGAUAAUCAGAACCCUUUAAAAGUCAGCCCAUCCCUAAUUUAAAUAUGCAUUUAAACCCUGCUGCUUUAUUGUACAUUACAGAAUUUUUAAAAUAUUUGUUCAAGAUUAAUACCUCUCGGACACGUGGUCUGUGUGUGACACGGCAGGAGCGGCGGCGGGCAAAGCUGGACCGCUUUCGAAACUGGCCUGUGGGAGGGGAGAAAAAGCCCAACGCCGUCUCACCACAGAGGUGAUCGUCCCCAUUCCCAAAGGCAGCGGGUAGGGUGUGAACUGUGCAGUGUACCAGUUAAAGGAGCGGUGAUCUUCAACAGUGAAUGAUUAAAGAGAUGGUGUCAGGUGAACCCAGGCUCACACUGUUGGUUUUAUGACCCCAAAAGCAAUAUUUGGCCAAACUAGAACUGUUUCCACAGAUACUUCUUUAAAUUAAUGAUUCCAGUAGAAAUCUGUAUUUCAUCACCUGAAAACACCAGCAAGUGUGCCGGUGGGGAAGGAACUGAAAAAUUAAAUUUAUUCUAAACAGCAGCCAAACCGACCACAGUGCAUAAAGUAAAUCAUUAAUGGAACACAAAUUAGAUUCUUAGCUAAAAUUGCUUUAGAUUUAACAUACUGGGAAAUUAAUAGGACUAAACGGCCUAUAAAUCGGGGCAGAGCUGGUCUUUACAAAAUUAUUUAGUGUGUGUUAAAAGAGUUAAGGAAAUUAUGCUUUUUAAAGAUGCACCCAAUUCAUCCCAAGAUAAGCUCCACUGGCUUUAAGGAUGAAUUUCUCCCCCCUUUAAAAAAAUAAAUAAAAAUCUGACACUGUCCCUUUAAUCAGAUCUGUUCCAGUGAACUACAAAACCUUGAUUAAACCCACUCCUCCCCCAUGUGAAGCCCCCAGCUAUUCCUUAAACAGCCAGUGCCCAUGGAGUACGUUAGCUUCACUGCAUGUCAAACAAGGGGACAUGACCUUAUAUAUAACCAAUUCAUCUUUGUUUAUCUACCUCUUAGUGACAAUAGAAUAAAAUAGGUAGUGGCAACUCCACAUGCUGUAGUGUAGAGGAAAAAAUUACUCUCUUUUUCCAAAGAAAAAAUGUUCUUUUAAAAAAAAAAA